AUGGGAAGCUUCUGCUGCAAGAAGUGCCACCAUCACUACAGUGUUGGGAGCGAGAAAGGAAAGAGUCUCGCUCAUGGCGACCUUUGCGAAAGGAAACAAGCCCCUGCAGAUGCGGUGCCCGCGGAGUAUGUCGCUCCAGAGGUUCCAUUGUCCGCUGCCGCUCCACAAGCCAGCCGUGGCGCUAAACGCAAGAAGAGCUGGACCGGGCACUACGUCGCUGCCGAGCCCUGGCCCGUGAGAGCUUCCCGUCCAGACACAACUCCGGGUGGCAUCUGGACGUGUGCUCCAGAGCUAGAGCUGCCGAAUCCCAGAGCUUUGCGAGCACGCAGCAAGAGCCCAGCCAGGCAGAAAGAGGCUCCAGCUGGCGAACAUCCAGAUUCGAGCAGUGCUCGCAAAGAUGCCCCUGGCAGGAUCCGAACAUGA